CCAGGUGAUUGAUGUGUUGACGUGCGCAUCUCGCUGGCUAAAAACACGGAUAUGGGAAAAGGGUUACGUUAAAAAGUCACAAGCUUAGCGGUCGUCAGUGUCUUCAAUGCAAUCAUUUCAUUUCGUACGUCCACAGAAGUCUAGAGGAAAUUGAGGGUAUGAAUCUGUGCCCUUCCCGGCGUUUAUUUCUCACUUAAAAAGACCAUUCGGAAUAUCUACCUACGAACAACACCCCUAGCUGCUUAGCUAAUAAUCGAUUAUUUACGAAUAUACUAUUGGAUUCGUCAACUUCGAGUUACGUGCGACAUCAAUUUUGCAUUAACGUGGCACAUAUUCUGUGCUUUCUUGAGUGCUUUCUCUCGCCCCUGGCGGGCUUCCAUAUCACACAUGGCUUCAUCUACUGAAGGAGCCGAGCUUAAGUUCGUAUCAUCAAUACGGUACAAAUUCGCCGGUGCAUCCGGAGACGAUAAGAAACUGAGCGAUGCACUGAAUUCUCAUCUUGUUCCCCUUGUCGGUAAAGCUGGUAGUCAGUAUAAGGCUGUCCGAGACGCUACCUUCCAAGCAUUCAUCAGUGUCAACAACUUUGUUAAACCAACAGGCGUCAUAUUACCCGUUGCUGCUCUCGUAGACCAGUACAAAAAGACUAGUUCGCCUAUGGUAAAGCAAUUAGACCUGAAUCUCAUCAAGCAAGGAAUCACAAGGCUCGACCAAUCCAAACGACGGGAACUUCUCCCGAUCGUUCUUCGAGGAAUCUCAAAGGAAACCAACCCGAUUAGCGCGGCCGGAUUCUUUAAUAUUUUCCUGCGCUUGCUUCUGGAUAUUAAGAUACCUGGUCGAGGAAGUAACGAGGAUAUUGCUCUGCGGGAGCAAACGGGCCUAUCGGAUCCGGUAGAUGCUGGCUAUAUAUCACAAUGGCUUGGCAAGCUCUUCCUUCUGAGGCAGGAUUUGGCCCUUGCAAAAGAAGAAGACCUUGAUAUAAAGCUACGGGAUUCGCCAUCCGGCCUCUCCUUGGAAGAUGUUGCUUUUCUGAGGAACAAAAACCCCCUAUCCUGGCAUCCAAGUAACCCAUCCAGCCUAAGUUUAUCGGAAUGCAAGAUCAAGGCCGUCAGUUUCUUGGCUAGCGGGGCUUUCACGGACUCUGAACGUCAUAUCCCAACAAUAUGCGCUGCCGGUUCGGCUGAUUCACGAAUCACAUCGAUCGCCGACGAUAUCCUCAAACGGUCAAGUGUUGAUCUUGAAAAUAAAAUCGUGGUUAAAGCUCUUUAUGACGCACAUAAGAAGCUUCCACCUGCUCAACGGACACAAAUUCUCAAACUACUCUCGAAAUCAGUCAUUGCCUGCAGUUUCAACGACGAUGCAGUAGAGACCGCCAAGCAAGAUUUCAAUCUUGGGCCUGGCCGUAAUGCCUCUGUUCUUGGCCUGGAAGCUUCUCGCUUAAACAAGGCAUUGCUGGCAUUUUUGGGAUGGAUUGCGAGGAACAGUUCUAGUUCUACUGACCGUAGUAAUACCAUGGGCCCUUCUCUCGUUCUUAUCUUGAAGGACUACAUUCUAGGACAAGGAUGGCCGGAACCUGCAGUCCCAGGAAAUAUACACCAGAUCCAGGAUGAGUUGAAGCUACGAGCUAAUGCGUACGAAACUAUUGGUGUCUUAGCUAGGGGUAGUCUGUUCGAAUACAAGGCGAAAGACUCACUCCUGAAAUGGCUUUUCGACUCCCUCGUUUCUGAUCCAAGCCCUGAUAUUGUAGUCUACAUCGAGAGCGCUUUGUCGAGCAUGAUGGGCCUUUUCAAGCCGACUAAUCCAGCGGAAACCCGCGACCUAGAAAUAUUGCUUCUAGAGUAUAUGGCUCUGUCAGGUGGGCAAGGCGGAAGGACGGCACGGCAUAUAGCGGCACGCUUCGCGAAUAAUAGCCUUCCUUACAGUAACGUUAAAGCUCGAUGGAUCGAUAUUCUUGCACUAGGUGGUGGGUCCACUGAACGACGUGAUGUGUUGGAAGAGGGGCAACGAGGACUUGACCCUUGGUGGGCUACUAAGCUAAAUCCCGACGAUGCGCUGGUCUUACCUGACUGGGAAAAACUGGCAGAGAUGUUCUUCAAUAUGAGCCGCAAAGAAGACGAGAAUCGCAUGGAUGUUGAUCAGACAUCCAAGUACACUCUAUUCCCAAACAACUGUCUUCAAGCUUUCCCGGUAGCGAUACACUUCAUUAAGAAAAUUCUGUUUCUUACUGCAUUAGGUGAGGACAAAUUCGAAGUGGACUGGGAAUCCCAACUAGAACGAAACAUCGAAAACGACCUAGCAACCCGUGAUAGUAUCAGACAAUAUUUCGCUACCUCGAAGCCAGAUUCCCUUUUGAAAAUCCUUAACGCAGCACUUGAUGGGAUUAGAGAUCACCCUGAUGUCGGUGCCGAAGAGUGUAUUAGCUGUGUUGCAGAGAUAUUAUCAUUCGCCCCUUCGAAAACCGUCAUAUCACCCUUAUCUGCGAGAACACGAGAAUUGAUUCCUUUGAUCAAAUCAAAUAACCAAAAGGUUAGGCAAUUGGCGUCAAAAACAUUUGGUAUACUUGCACCAUGGAGCAACGAGUCUGCCAUUCUUAUUUCUCAGUUGCGAAACUUCGUUGAGUCAAAUAUGGAUCCGUCUGCUUCUCAAUCUGCAGAAUAUCAAGGCUCUCUCGCUUGCUUAGGCAGUUACUUUUCUCGAGCUGCGUACUACGGAAAAUUUAAGCCUCAAGAUGUAUCCGAACAUGCCCAAUUUCUCUACGAGAGUGCUACCUCUACGUUGGAAAAGGCAAGCGCGGAUAUCAAGGCCACCGCUCUAGACUCCAUCUCUCAGCUAUGGACUGCAAACGUUCAUUUCCCUGUUAAUGAUGACGAAUUGACUAAAAUUAUAGACUCAUUGGCAAAGCUUGCGGCCUCAGGCAACGAAAAAGCAAUCACCGCACUGGGAAGGUUAGCGAUUCCUUCUUUGGCUGAUGUGUCAGGAAACGAUACGGAACCCGUAGCGAAGAUUUUGGACAAGCUAUUUGGACUGUCGGAAAUCAAGAGGACAGAAAUUCACUUCGCUAUUGGUGAAGCAAUUGCCUGUGCGAUUUCUCGUUGGGAUUCCGAAGCCGUACAACUCUCUUUAGACGUGGAACCCUCGGGUACUGGUAAAUCCGACAUUAUCGAGGCUCUUGGGAAUCGACCCUCUAGAAUUGAUACCACAAUCAACAAACUCAUUACCGACUGCAAGACUACUAAGCCUUCGCUUUUGAAGGCUUCUGGUAUAUGGCUGUUCUGUGUCAUUCAAUACUGCUCAAAUCUACCUCAGAUUCAAUCCCGUUUACGCGAGUGUCAAGUUGCUUUUAUGCGACUUCUCACUGCUCGCGACGAGCUCGUCCAGGAAACUGCAUCCCGUGGCCUAGCUUUGGUGUACGAAAAGGGCGACGAGUCUCUGAAGGGUGAUCUUGUUAAGGACCUGGUGGCAAGCUUCACCGGAACCAAGACACAACUUAAAGUCGACGAGGAUACGGAGCUCUUUGAUGCCGGUGCACUGCCAACGGGCGAGGGCAAAUCUAUCACGUCAUACAAAGAUAUCAUUAGUCUCGCCAACGAAGUCGGUGACCAAAGUCUCAUCUACAAGUUCAUGGCACUAGCUACGAAUGCCGCAACAUGGACUGCUCGCUCAGCAUUCGGUCGGUUCGGUUUGAGCAACAUCCUAUCCGAUGCGGAACUGGAUCCUAAAAUCUACCCGAAGCUAUAUCGAUAUCGAUUUGAUCCGAAUUCGAAUGUGCGACGAUCGAUGGACGACAUAUGGAAGGCUGUCGUAAAGGAUCAAACUGUUGUGAUCGAUACACACUUCGAUGCCAUCAUGAACGAUCUUCUGAAAAGUAUCUUGGACGGAAAAGAAUGGCGGGUGCGAGAGGCGAGCUGCGCGGCGAUUGCUGAACUCAUCUAUGGUCAAAAGUUUCCCAAGUACGAAAAGUACUACACGGACAUCUGGAAAGCAACGUUGAGAGUCCUAGAUGACCAAAAAACUUCGGUCCGAGAGGCUGCGCUCAAGUUGUGUAUGGGCUUGUCGAAGACACUAGUUACCCAACUUCAGGAAAACAACUCUUCCUCUUCCGCCAAGGCAAUGAUUACCCAAGUUGUCCCAUUCCUGUUAUCUGACAAGGGAAUCGAAAAUUCAGCAAAGGAGGUGAAGAGUAUGUCUAUUAUUACAGUUCUUGAUGUCGUCAAGAACGGUGGUGAUGCGUUGAAGCCGUUCAUUGCAACUAUCAUUACGCAUUGCCUUGGGCUACUUAGCACUGUGGAGCACGAAGCCGUCAAUUAUUACUAUCAACGAGUAAGCGAGGAAGACCGCGAGGGCCUUGACAAAUUACGAAGUACUUUUGCUACACGAUCGCCUAUUUUCGAAUGCGUCGUCGACUGUUUGCGAUUUGUUGAUGAAGACGUCAUGAAAGAACUGGCUCCGCAAUUGAUAUCGACCAUAAAAUCUGCGAUUGGAAUGCAGACGAAGAUCGGCUGUGGCGAAGUUCUUAAUACUCUGGCCUUACGGCAUAGCAUUCUUCUGCCACCGUACAAUGCAACAUUUCUCAAGGCGAUGGAGACGCAGAUCCUGGAUCGGAACCACGAAACGAGUAAGGCUUAUGCUAGAAGCGCCGCAUAUUUAUUGAGAUCUGCGAGCAUAGAGGUCCGAGAUCGAUUUACCUCUAGACUCCUAGAGUUGUACUUUGGCGCCGAGGAUGAUACCAGGCGCCAGAAAGUUGCGGAUGCUGUCUUGGCCAUCGCUAAAAUUUCACCAGAUGCAUUUACUGACCUAGAGGCUCGUCUCUUGCCAUUCGCAUACUUUGCAAAGCACGAUACCGACGAAUACGUCUCUGAGGAGUUUGCGGCUGCCUGGAAUCAGCACGCGGGUGGAAGCCAUAGCGUAAAGCGCUUCGUUGACGAAAUCACGCAGAUUGUGUCCCGAGGCUUGGAUACGUCGAAGUGGGCUCUCCAACAUGGUGCCGCUUUGACAACUGCAUCCAUGGUCACGGCGCUCAGCAGCGCUGCUGGGAAAGAUGGUCAAUUCGCCGAUACGGAGCUGCAAAAGAUUUGGCCUGUAUUAGACAAGGCCUUGGCGCUCAAGACAUUCAAAGGGAAGGAGAAACUAGUGACAGCGUAUCCCCUCUUUGUGCUCCACGGCAAGAAGCUUUGGAACGAUGAUUCCGCUUUCGCUGCCCAGUUGAAGAAGAUAGCUAUACGCGAAGCAAAGCGGAAUAAUGACGAAUACCGACCCCAUGCCAUUGCAGCACUCGCGGAGUUCGCUAGCGCCCGCGAGGACUUAGACAUGUACGCGGAGGUAGUCAGUCUGGUGUCACAAUACUUGAAACCUGAUGACGAAACACAUAAAGUCACUGAGUUGGAGCGAAGAACGGCGGAAGCAGCACUCAAAGCUGACAUGACAGCUUACAAUCGCCAGAAGAUGCAAGCUACCCCAGUUUCAGUACUAGGCGAGGUAAUUACCACCAUGGAAGGGGCAAAACAAGCGAUUUUGAUGGCAAAGGACACGUGGUUUACCAGCACAACUGAGAUCAUGAACCAAGCAAGUAAAUCAGAAGGUUCACCUGACCCGACAGCUGCAACUGUGGCUACCCGCUGGUUUCGACUACUUGUCGCAAACGAAAACGACAUUGCUCUUGAGAGCCAGCGCACAAGCAGGGCUAAAUCUCUAGAUGCGUUCGUGAAGGCAUGGAAGAAGGGCGUCUUUGGUUCGAUUAGCGAACAGGGCUCGCUGCGUGAAGAGAUGGAACAGAAGCUGAAGGCCAUGGCGGAAGCAGAUCGGUCUAUAGACGUGCAGAAGCUUUUGGGCCAGGUCGCCCAACAGUUGGUUGCGUGAUUUGGUGAAGGGGGUAUUGCGAAGAAUGGCGUUAGGGAGUGGGUGUUUUAUUUCGUAGACAUCAAUCAUAGAUUAUGUUGAUGAUGAAUGGAAUAACGAUAUGUUAUCCGGGGAUGAUGGAGGUCUCUUAUGUACAAACUUCGUGUUUGCUGUCAUAGAUCUCCAUUUGUAGUCAGUCAUCAAUACAAG